GUGAGAUUAUAGUUCUCACCACAACUACUGAAGCCUUAUAAACUCUGGGAUCCUCCUUUUACCGGACAGGCUUUACAUUCAGCACCGAUAUACAACAUGACCAAGCCACAAAUCAUCGUGAAGAUACCACCAUCCUCGGAUGCGGAGGACAAAACUCUCGUCUCAACCCUAACUGAUAUCGUCAACACUGCCUACAAAAAAGCCGAGUCCGAUAUCUUUGUCCCAUCAUACCAACGAACCUCCACCGCCGAAAUCACCAAAUUUCUAAGCAACGGCCAGCUUGCUGUCGCUUACCUGCAACCCAACGACGAGCCCAUUGGCUGCGUUUUCAUCAAACUCAUAACACCCGCCCUCGGAGAUUUCGGAAUGUUGGCACUUGACCCCCAAUAUCAAGGUACUGGUACAGGGCGACAAUUGGUGGUUUUUGCGGAAGAUGAAUGUAGACGAAAAGGGUGUACGACGAUGCAGCUGGAGAUUCUUGUGCCGAUGACGUUUCAUCAUGAGGGUAAGGCGAGGUUGUUGAAGUGGUACAUGAGGAUGGGGUAUGAGCUUGUUAAGUUGGGUGAUUUUGCGGAUGAUUAUCCUGACUUGGUGAACUUGCUUGCUGGGCCGACGGAGUAUCGGGUUUUUGAGAAGAGUCUUGUGUAAAGAUGAAACUGAGGUUGGAGUGAAUACAAAAAAGCUAAUGAACUCAUGAUUGCAGUUUAACUCCUUGAAGGUCUUUCUCGUAUUCGAAGGUCUAUCCAGACAUAUCGAUAUCAGAGGCUAGGUCUUGGCAUGAAUAUCAAC